UUGAACGAUUACAAAACCAUAUGCUGUAGCACCUCCUUCUAAUUCCAAGAUUGCUUAUCAGAGACAAAUUACAAAACACGGAUACUGCGCAUUAGGAAUUCAUAUCAGUAUAAAAGUAACUUGUAUUGGAUACUUAUUUACAGACACAACCGGCUUUAGACCGAUAUAAACUUCUCAAAAUGUAUUUCCAGCAGAAAUAUUUCGUUCUUUUUUGUGCAUUGUCUUUUGUAUUCUGCGAUGAGCCCCGGUUUAGAUCAAGAUUUGAGUACGAUGAGCAACUCUUGGAGAAAAUGAUUCGCAUGGAAUUUGAAUAUGCACAGUGGGAAAAACGCAUAAAUGAAACACUGGGGAAAAUUGAGAAACAGAGAGCGAGUAUUCAGACUGAUUUGGAAGUAUUGCGAAAUGGAAGAGAGGAGUUUGACAAGCAUGUUAACCAGACGCUGAAAGACAUGGAGCAGUUGUCUAAACCUCUAAUUCUGUUUCGAGCGAGGGAAGUGGCUGAUUAUACCCUGUCAACUGGAAACCAGAUUAUAAUAUUCACUGAAAUGCUCGAAAACGUUGGCGGAGGCUACAAUUCUGCAACUGGAAAAUUUACAGCACCAAUUGCAGGGACCUACCUUUUCACUGUUAGUCUGUGCUCGUUAUCAGGAAAGAGCAUAUUCUACAACAUUAUGGCGAAAGAAGACGUGGUUGCAUACGGACAUAUGUACGGUAUUUCUGGCUAUCCUUGUGUUACCGGAAACGCUAUCGUUCAGCUUGACGCCAAUGACGUUGUCUACGUCAUAUCCACUUACACCACUGACGUACUUGUGACAGCUAUAAAAGACUCGAAUGACGCAAAAGCGAAUUCCAUUUCAGGCGUUCUUCUACAUCCGUUUUAAAAAAAAACAAUAACAACACCUUAUACUCAACUUAUGUUCCGUAAAUGGCAAGGCCGAUCCCAUACGUUCAUCAGAUUUCUGAAAUAUGGUUAUUGUAGAACUCAGAUAUCGUUUAAAUAAUGACACUGCGUUUUAAUCUUUAUUCUAUGGUGGAAAAUUUUAUGAAAUCAACAUGAUUUUUAAAUGGAAAUAAUAUUUCUGUAUUUGCUAUUUGUUGGAAAAUCAUGUAUUACAGAUGUGACAUUCUGUAUACAGUUUGUCCAAUGAGAUUUAUUGGAGCUAAUUCAUCUUUGUUUUAAUUGAUAACAAUCAUCAAGUAUUGUUUUGAUUUUGCAGUUUAUUUUUUACAGAACAAUCAAUAAAUAAACAAUAAUGUUAUUCUUAGAUAAGUGGGUAUAUAAAUUAUGUACCGUG